AUCAGAUGCUUGUCUGACUGUAGUUGUGGCCUCAUAGCUUCAUAUCUGCUUCACUCUUCCUCCUGUCUGCAUCCCAGCAGGAAUGGUGCGAUCCACCCUCCAUACUCCUGCUGCCAGGGAGGUGUCUUCAUCUCAGUCAUGGAUCAUAACUUUGAUCUAAGGAGGGAACCACGAUGCUCCAGUCUGUUACGGAUUCGCAUGAGAUGUCAAAGGUCGCUCAGGACAACCCAAAUCUUUGAGGGAGCUCUGAUUGAAACAUAACAAGUCCUUGGAGCAAAGCCUGAAGGAGAUUUGGAUUACAGCAGAACAGUUGGAAAUGUUCUCACCUGGAAAAUGAACGUGCAACGUAGAUACAAUCAGAAAGUUUAGAGUUUUGCUUUAAUAACUUUCUGUUGUUACAAGUCGUCGCAUUAUUUUUGUUAUUAUUUUUUUGUUUUAUUUUACGAGGCCAGUGUCUCUCGAACCUUUCAACCAUGACUCUUGCCGCUCGACUCGAGGACUUGGAAGUGACCCUGGAACACAUGCUUAUGGAUGUUUUUAUGACAGAGGGAAGGCGAUGUCAGGUCCAUCUUUUGGAUGACAGGAAGCUGGAACUCCUUGUACAGCCCAAACUGAUGGCAAAGGAUUUGCUGGACCUCGUGGCCUCUCACUUUAACCUCAAAGAAAAAGAGUACUUUGGAAUUGCAUACGUGGAUGAAACGGGCCACUUCAGUUGGCUGCAACUGGACCGCAGAGUGUUAGAGCAUGAAUUCCCCAAGAAGUCUGGUCCCAUUGUGCUCUACUUCAGUGUCAGGUUUUACAUCGAGAGUAUAUCUUAUCUCAAGGACAAUGCUACAAUUGAGCUGUUCUUUCUUAAUGCCAAGUCUAUCAUAUUCAAGGAGCUAAUUGAAGUAGACAGUGAGGUUGUCUUUGAGUUGGCCUCCUAUAUCCUACAAGAGGCAAAAGGGGAUUUCACCAGCAAUGAUGUAACCAGGUCUGACCUGAAGAAGCUGCCUGCUCUGCCCACUCAGGCCUUAAAGGAGCACCCAUCUCUGGCUUACUGCGAAGACAGGGUUAUAGAGCAUUACAAGAAGCUCAGUGGGCAGUCGAGAGGGCAGGCUAUCGUAAAUUAUAUGAGCAUUGUCGAGUCUUUGCCCACAUAUGGAGUACAUUACUAUGCUGUAAAGGACAAGCAAGGGAUCCCAUGGUGGUUGGGUCUGAGCUAUAAAGGCAUCUUUCAGUACGACUACCAAGACAAAGUGAAACCCAGAAAGGUGUUCCAAUGGCGUCAGCUGGAGAACCUUUACUUCAGAGAGAAGAAGUUUUCAGUGGAAGUUCAUGACCCCAGGAGUAGGGCGUCAGUAACGAGAAGGACGUUUGGUCACAGUGGCAUUGCUGUCCAUACCUGGUACGCCUGUCCCGCCCUCAUCAAGUCCAUCUGGGCCAUGGCUAUUAGCCAACACCAGUUCUACCUGGACCGCAAGCAGAGCAAGUCAAAGAUCCACGCAGCACGGAGUUUAAGCGAGAUCGCCAUAGAUCUUACAGAAACAGGAACUUUGAAGACGUCCAAGCUGGCCAACAUGGGCAGCAAGGGAAAGAUUAUCAGUGGCAGCAGUGGCAGCCUUCUCUCCUCAGGCUCUCAGGAAUCGGACAGCUCCCAGACAGCUAAAAAGGACAUGCUGGCAGCGCUGAGGGCCAGGCAGGAAGCUUUGGAGGAAACGCUCAAACAGCGACUAGAGGAACUCAAGAGCAUCUGUAUUAGAGAAGCGGAACUAACAGGGAAGCUCCCGAAAGAAUAUCCUUUAGAUCCAGGGGAGGAGCCCCCCACAGUGAGACGGAAGAUUGGCACCGCCUUUAAACUGGAUGAGCAGAAAAUUCUACCUAAGGGAGAGGAAGAGGAGCUGGAGCGCUUGGAGCGCGAGUUUGCCAUUCAGUCUCAGAUUACGGAAGCAGCCAGGCGUCUCGCCAGCGACCCUCACGUGAGCAGUAAGAAGCUGAAGAAACAGAGGAAGACUUCUUAUCUGAACGCUUUGAAAAAGCUCCAGGAAAUUGAAAACUCCAUCAAUGAGUACCGCAUCCGCUCAGGCAAAAAACCAACGCAGAGGGCGUCCCUUAUCAUCGAAGAAGCCAACAUUUGUUCUGAAGACAGCUCGUUAUCAGAUGCAUUGGUUUUAGAUGAUGAUGAUCCUCAAGUCACAGGUACACCAACGUACUCUCCGGUAGCAUCUCCCCACAAGGGCCUCCCUCCCAGACCACCAUCUCAUAGUCGGCCCCCUCCCCCGCAGUCUCUGGACGGCUUGCGACAUAUGCACUACACGCGCUCAGACUAUGAUAAAUCUCCCAUUAAGCCAAAAAUGUGGAGCGAAUCCUCACUGGAUGAGCCGUAUGAAAAAAUCAAAAAGCGCUCAUCUCACUCCAGCCACAGACGUUUUCCAAGUUCGGGCAGUGCCGACGCCGGGGGCAGUAACUCCCUCCAGAACAGCCCCAUCAGGAACAUGCCUCACUGGAACUCUCAGUCCAGCAUGCCAUCAACCCCGGACAUGAAAGUCAGAACUCCACACUAUGUACAUUCCACCAGGUCAGUGGACAUCAGUCCCACACGUCUGCACAGUCUCUCUCAGCACUUUAGGAACCGCAGCUCCAGCCUUGAGUCUCAGGGUAAACUGCUAGUAUCAGAUCCGGACGCUCACCCGCACACUCUGGGCAGUCCUGACUUCUUCCUUGGUCCAGGACGCAGCUCCAAUGGUUCUGACCCACUGGAUGACUGUUCAUCCUGCACCAGCCAAAGCAGCUCAGAGCAUUACUACCCAUCAGGGGGAGCCCCUGGGAGCAACCCAAACUACUCCACUUUAGGAGAAGACUCGCCCUCUAAAGCGAGGCAGAGGCAGCGUCAGAGGCACAGAUCUGCAGGUCAUUUAGGUUCUUCAAACUCGGGCUCUAUGCCAAAUCUGGCAGCUAAAAACGGUUCUGUUGGAGGAUCAGGAGGAGGUGGGAUAGGAGGAGGACACCAUGGGGUCUAUCUUCACAGCCAGAGCCAGCCCUCCUCGCAGUACCGCAUCAAAGAAUACCCUCUGUAUGUGGAGGGCAGCCCCAACCCGGUGGUGGUGCGCAGCCUGGAGAGCGACCAGGAAGGCCACUACAGCGUAAAGGCUCAGUUCAAGACCUCCAGUUCCUACACAGCCGGGGGACUGUACAAAGAAGCGUGGGGGGGAGGAGAGGAGGGAGGAGAGGGGAGUGGCCGCCUCACACCUUCACGCUCACAGAUCGUACGGACUCCUUCAUUGGGGAGAGAUGGCGGUGGAGGGGGGAGGGCCGCCGUGUCUGAGGAGUUACGGUGUUGGUAUCAGAGAUCGUCUGGGAGUCUGAAGGAAAGGAGUCACUCGCAUUCAGGAUCCACUUCCUCUGAGACUGGGUCGCAGCAAGGCACUCUGGGACAUGGUCGAGGGAGUCGCGUCGGGACUCUCAUCAAGGGCUCGCCAGCUGCGUCCCCGCACAGUCAGCGGAGUAUGACGCCGUCCAGCGAGCACGCAGCCACACCCACACCCCCCUGCAGUCCACAGCACAUCCUCAACUGGAAGGGCGGGUCUUUCAGUGACAGCUGUUUUCUCAGCAGCCCCCUGUGUUCAGAACUGGCAGAUGUGCAGUGGUACGGACAAGACAAGGCCAAACCUGGAACUCUGGUCUGACACUUUCCUACAGCGCCUAAAAAAACAACAACUCCUCAUUGUCCUUUCCUACUGCCUCAUCACUGUCCCUCACUGCUCCCUUCAAAAACCAACCUCAUCCUUGAAGCCCUGCGGGAAAAUACCCCCACCUCUGCGUUCUGCCCGUCUGUCAGAGCUCUGAGGACUGAAAAAGAGCCACUUCAACCAUUUCCCUAUCGCACAACGCCGCCCUUUCUGAAGCACACCGACCACGAGGCAUCAGGAGGAGAGGAGGGAACAACAGAGCACAGCGGAAUAUCAGAGCAGUUCCUCACACUCAACCAACAUCAGCCACAUCUGAUCGGUUACAUAUCACAUCUCGUAGCACUUAGACUACAACAGUGCACUCCCACCCCCUCAGAAGACACUUGCUGGAUUUGAGCCACCUCUUUCAACCAAUUUAUAGACCUCCAGUGACCUUUGCUGCAUUUCUAUGUUACCAUUCCCAUUGUUUGUCUUUUGUCUUGAGUUAUCCAUUUGUUCUUAUCAAAGAGAUGAUGGCAGGCCAACUGCCCCUCAGCUUACUGCAGAUGCUGGAUCAGCAGGCCAUGUCUCUGUUUGUGGGCCUUGACUUCAGCCUGCGCUGAGUUUGCAGAUUCAAAGGAACAUAAUCAGGACGCUGUCUUCAACACCGACUAAGAUGCAGACGAGGAUUUUAGCAUUAGCAAACGCCGUCCAGGUAUGGAAACUGGUCUUCUUGUUCAGACUUGUUUGUGUCUGUCUUUAAGAGCUUUUAGUGCAGAUUUGGGAGAUUUUUCUUUGUCACUUUAAAAACCUGUUCAGUCCUGAAAGCCAGAAUGUUUGGAGCCAUGAUCAGGAUCCCAUCACUGCUGUAGCAACAUCUUUUCUCAUUAAAACAAAUGGUUUGAUGAUAGAUGUUUUUUCAUUUGGACAAUACAUUUUAGCUGCGGGUUUCAGAUGUCAUAAUUUGUUGUUAUGACAACAACAAACCUCUCUGAGUUGUUUUAAUCGAUAGGUUCCGACUUCUUCCGUUUUGGCUCCAAACUGGCAACCUUAAAUCAGGACCCAUCGCUCAAAUGUAACUGGAGAAUUUCUAUGUACCAUCUCCAAAACAUGCUUGUUCUCCACACUAGGUCUGUAAAUUAGCACUACAGCAAACACGGCCAUUAAGCUUAAGCCAUAAAGUGAAACAACAGCGAGAGGACCCUUGGCCAUACUGGGGUAGAGCACAAAAUGAUCAGCCUAUUGAGGGCUGGAAAUGCAAUUAGGUUACUAGGAGCUAGUUUUGAAUUUGCUAGUAACAGCUUCAAUCCAGACAUGGAGGAAAACUGUGGAGUUAACCUUUAAUUUAAGUUUUAUUUCCUCACACAUCUCAGUUCUCUGAUGAUCAGAACAGGGUUAAAAAGCACAUCUGGGUUAGUAUGAAGCUGGUUGGUCUCACGUGUCUUCUUCUUGAUCUGAAAUGACUGAUGGUACAAAAAGUGUUUAGAUAGUUAAUUUUGAGAAUUACAAAAGACGCUGAAGGACUUUCUGUCACAUGGCUUUCUGAGUUGUCCUGAUGUUCGGCUGUGGAGGAGGUAGGACAAAUCUGAGCCCAUACAUUUUGCUGUGUUGUCAUUUAUCUACAUUUUCAAUGAUCUCUCCUAUUUGAGGUAUUUGUCACCACAGUGGGUUCUAAAAAAAGUCAAUCAUAUUCAGAUUAAGUCUCUAAAAAAGCUCUAAACCCGUAGCUACUAUCGAUAGCAAUUUAUGGCUGUAUUUAAUGCAAAUAAAUCUGUUUUCCUAUGAAUUCUUUACCUGCUAGUUGUGUGCUAAAGAACACAAUCUUAUGCAUGUCCUGCAGACCCUCUAACAAAUGACCCCAAAGACAAAUGUUCCAUUUAUUCAAUUUUAUGUCGCAUUGAUCCACUUUAGAUGGUAUUAUGAGCUCCGACCUCAGAGCCUUUUGUGAAGAAGUGUAACGUACUUUCUGUCCUCAUUCGCCCACCGCCUCUGCUCUCUCUCUGUAUGUUUGAAGGGGUGCCGUUCGGUUUGUGUGGGUUUUUUUUAUUUAAGCAUUCACAUUCAUCGUUUGAAAAGCGGGACCCUUUUUCCAUGUUUUGACACUAAAACAACUUUUCCAGGUGCUACAAGAUGACCAGUUACUGCUUUGUCCUUCUAGGGUUUAGACAUUUCUUCAUUAUUACCAAUAGAUUCAAUACCAGAUGUGCAAAAUGAGGCUUAUUUUAACAGGCGGUUUAAUAGUAGACAACCAAAACCAUAGCGCAUGUAACUCCGUUUUAUCAGUUCUCUUCAACUGUAACAAAACAUUUAAGGUGUUGUAGAAAAAAAUGUGGGCUUGAUAACAAAAAAGAAAAGUCAAUUUCCACAGUUAAUUUAUUCUUUUUUCUAUUAAAAAUUUGUAUAGUAACUUUACAUUUUACAAAACUGUGUUGUUGGAAAUUGAUGAUGAAUUUUCAUGAUGAGAAGCCGUGGUGGUUCUUGAGAGUAAGAAAAUAAAUUAUUGAUGAAUGUUCUCAA